GAGUAUUUUACGCACCGUUGCGCCGAAUUCAUCUUUAUUGGGCUGGUUGAGGUUCUGUUUUCGAGAAAUUUGAGGCGAAGCGCUACAGAGCUUCGUUGCCUGCUUAACAAUAUUUAGCAGCUUCACUGCUAUUCUACCUUUCACUCACUUUGUUGGGAACAUUUCCCAACAAAUACCCACGGAAUUUACGAAAUCAUAACAUCAAGACACAUUGCGAAGACUCGACUGCCCUUUAGAUUUUGGUUGUUGCAGAAACAUGGCUUGCUAAAAUGUUGUUUGGAGGGAACGUAGCAGAAUUCAUCGACUUAUGUCAAAGUUUGAAACAGGCCAACAACUUGUUGAGCCCAAGUUUAAGUUCUUUUAAAGACGGAAAACCACCAAGAAAUGGAGAAGAAGUUCUUGCAGCCAAGAGCUUCGCUUUCACCAAUGAGGGUUGGAGGCCAGGAUGAGCACAGAGGGAAGUAUGUCUCAAGGAAGACAGACACAUUUCAGCACUCAUCUGGAUACCACUCUAGUGGGAAAAACAAAAGAGGAGGCAGUCGCUUUCCUAAAGGCCCUAGAAGAGAAUCUAAGCAAAGUGGACCAGGCUUUUCAAAGCAAACAACAGAAAAAGUUGUGAGCAAUGAAGACUUACAGCUGCUUGAUGAAAGAGUUACACUUGGAGAUGAUAACGAAACUCUGGAAGAUGCCAGGGGAAGAAAGGGAGGUGAACUGCGAAAAUUCAAAUAUGCAGCACCUAACAGGGCAUUCAGCCAAGGAGAUGGAAAGCACAAGCAGUCAUGGUAUAGCUCAGUGAAGUACCAGGUUUACAACAAAGAAUCAUAUCUUCAGGCAAACUGCCGUUUUGUUGUUCAAGAAAGUGGAGAUUACAGAUUGCAUGCAGUCGAUCCAGAUUCCCUGGUAGACUGGAGCCUCAUUGAGCAGAUAUAUUUGUUCAGUCAUGGAACACCAUCAUGCCCAAUUUGUCUCGAGAAUCCAAAGGUAGCAAGGAUAACAAGAUGCGGCCAUGUCUACUGUUGGUCGUGUAUCCUUCAUUACCUUCAGCUGAGUGAGAAGCCAUGGAGGAAGUGCCCAAUAUGCUAUGAAGCUGUCAUGCCUGCUGACUUAAAGAGCGUUGUAACGUCUUCCACCCGAAAGUUUUUCAAUGGAGAAACAAUAACGAUGCAGCUCAUGCAAAGAAAGAAGGGUUCCAUGCUUCCUAAACCUUUUGCAUCACGCAAAAAUUCAGAAUCACAAGUUGUUGAAUGGAAAGGGGACAUGAGGUCGGUGAUUCAAAGUGUCCAUGCAAAGCUUCUGAAGGCCUCCCCAAAGAUUGUGUAUGAAAAGAUUGUCGCUCCUGAAUUGAAGGAACUUGAACAGCAACUUAAAGACGCCAAAUCUGAAAUGUCUGGUGAAGAAUGCUUCAUAGAAAGUGCCAUAUGCCUUUUGCAGGAAAAAGAAAAGAAACUUCUAAGCUCAAUGGAGAACCGUGAUGUUGUCUUAUCCAAACGGGAUGUUAAAGAGCCUUCUGAAAAUGGUGGGAAAGUGAAGCAAAUUAUGGAUAUCGUACAAAAUAAGAUGGCAACGUUAGCAGCCCAGGAGCCAGCUUUUUCAGAUGAUGAAGAGGAAGAUAAGGCCAUUCAAGAUGAAGGAGCCUCUUGUUCUACAAAUGCGAACAAUCUGAGUUGGGAAGAGCCAGAAAUUGAGCCAAAAUCUGGACCAGAGGAUACUCAGCUAAGCCCGCAGGAAGGCAUCUGCAAAAAUGUGAAUUCUGGUGUUACACCUGAAUACUAUUAUUACUACCAAGCUGUCGAUGGCCAAAACAUUUAUUUGCAGCCUGUGAAUGUCAGGUGCCUUGUUACAGAGUAUGGAAGCUUGCAAUCAUGCCCUGAAAAGAUAACGGCGCAAAUAAUUGACAUUGAGUCCCACAGUAUGACACCUGAGUUAAGGAGGCGCUUUCGUUAUCUGAGCCACCUUCCACUUGCCUGUGAAUUCACUUUCUGUGAACUCAUGAUUCGGCCUCCAGUUUUAUCACGAGACACACUGGCAAAAUUUGCUGACGAAUUCCACCAAAGAAAGUUAGCAAGGCAACGCAAGAAAAGAGACGAGAAAAAGUUCCAAAGGCAAAUUGAGAGAAAAAUGACUAUAGACAGCUUUGGAAGAGAGGUUGAAAAGCCCAUAGAAGCUGCCUCCUUGGAUCUGCAAAGCUUGGAUGAUUUCCCAUCUCAGAUAGCAGCAAGCUCGCCUGAUGCCACCCCGAUAUCCACAGCAGCUCCUGCCGCAUGGGGCGCCUCUUCCUUUGCAAAUGCCUUGCAACGAGCACCACAGACAGUGCCUCGGAGAGUGGAUGUGCCAAGACAGAGAACUGUCUCAGAAGCCAGUUCAAACAACGGACGCAAUCCGAACAAUUCAAAUGACGUCACAGAAGAAGACUCGAUCCCAGCUCCCUCUUUUGCCUUGUCUUUUAGUGAUGCCUUGAACUCAGCGUUUGAAAGACAGCUUUCUCCAGGCGACUCGCAGAAUGCUGACCAGAAACCAAAGGGCAAGAAAAAGCAACGAGGAAAGAAACUGCUUUUUACGACCAGCAGUGCACCAAAGUAUUCGUGAAACAGUUUUUACGAUCAACGUUAAAUAGAACUUGUAGUCAUCAUAAUUCCUCUAAUUUGAAAAGUAGCUGGCAAUAUUGCGUUUAGUUGCAUUAAUUUGAUUUUAUUUCAUCAUCAAAAGAGUAUUUGAUAACAAGUCA